AUGGUGUGCCGCCGUUCUUAUCUACCUGUGGCGUUUGGUCGCGAGUAUCGACCUGAGGCACAGCACUACUCAACGGUCGACACGUGCUCCAAGUUCCUAGACCUUCCCACUUGCGCUGCCUGGGAACCUGACACCACCGCCUUCCUCAAGCUCACCACCAAACAGCUGCCGACCUUCCUUGGAUGCUGGGUGCUGAUCGGUAUCUGCGCGGCUUCGAUGUCGACGUCCGACGGUGCUAUUCUAGCCAUCUCCACCGUCCUCUCGACAAUAUCGCGCGCCAUUCCCGGAGGUGACCGGUUCAGUGACGUCAAGCUGCUCACGAUCGUGCGCGUCAGCAUCAUCCCCGUAACCUUGAUUGCUUGUAUUGUGGCUUCAACAUACAAUGAGACUGGAUACCUAUUGAUCGUGGCCUUCGACAUCGUGCUUGCUGGAUGUAUCGCCCCCCUCUUCGCCGCGAUCUACUUCAAGAAGUCGGUGACCCCUGGAGACGCUCCCGCGCCUGUCCUGUUCGGCUCUAUCUUUCGCGCUAUCCUGGAGUUUGCCUUGCCCAAGGACGGCCUCCUCGCCAUCCCGCACGGUGAAUUCAACUUCCACUAUGGCCCCGGCGAGAUGGUCUGGUCCUACCAAGAAGUCUUGAAGAGGAGGGUCAAUCGUACCCCGCCCUCGGGGUCGGGGUCGGCUCGAAACGUUGGCGGGGGCGUCGAGCUUAGCUUUUCUCGUCGUGGAGAUUAUCCCGGCUCCUCGUCACACCUUGAUUAG